AUGGUAGACGUGGUCUCCGUAGUAGUGGUCGUGCUGGUGGUAGAUGUUGAUGUCGUUGAAGUAUCGGUUAUUGUUGUCGUUGAUGUUGUUGAUGUGGAGAUGGUUGAUGCUGUUGUGGAUGUAGUCGGCAUGGUAGACGUGGUCUCUGUAGUAGUGGUCGUUGCAACCGAUGUUGUCGUGGUUGAAGUCGUUAAAGUUGAUUUCGCGGUCGUUGACGUCGGCGUUGUUGUUCCAGUUGUGGUUGAAGUUGUUUGUGCAGUUGUCGUCGUCGACGUGCUGUCUGUAGCAGUGGUCGUUGAGCUACUUUCUGUAGUUGUGGACAUCGAACUGGACUUUGUUGUUGUGUUUGAGAUGGUGUCUCUAGUGGUGAUCGUAGUUGUGGUGACUGAAGUGGACGUUGUUGUUGUAGUUGAAGUUGUUUCCGUAGUCGUACUUGAAGCGAUCAAAGUUGCUUCCACUGACGCGCUGGGUGUGGUGGAUGUUGAUAUUGUUACUCCCACCGAGGUAAUAAAACCUGAAGGAAAAUGA